GCUGCGGCUCUCAAUCGGCGCAAUCUCAGCGUCUGCUUAAUUUAAUCGCCUUCGCAGUGCGGCGUCGAUGUGUGGUGUUUAUUUUGUCGUUAAUGAGCAACACGUCUUUCUCACUUUCAGCCACACUCGCUGCUCCUGAUCUGUGGACGUUCGCCUGAGCCAGGAUGCUUCGGGAGCGCCGCCGCCAUGCCAACUUUAAGCCCAACCGCAGGUUGGACAGGAAGUCGUCCCGGGGAAUGAUCUUCGAGAAUGAGGAGCUCAGACUACGGACGAUCAAUAUCAAUGCUGAGGUGGAGCGCGGUCAGUCGGACAUUCGGAAGUUGCGGCGGGAAAAUGACCAGCUGAGGCGGGAAAUUUGGUGCCUGCGCGAUGAGUACGAUCGACUGGACAAAUUGCUGAGGCACAACAUGAAGGAGGGCGGCAAGAAUGCCAGCGACUCUGAGGACUCUGGGGAAUCCUGUGAUACCUGUGGCGAGGAGGAAGACGAGGCUAUUGAGGAGGAAGAAGAGGAGGAAGUGCCUCCCGAAACGGCGGAGAGCACAGAGAAUGAGCAGAACAAUCUCAAGGCGAAUCUCCAUGUGAAGUUCGACCACUUGUCCAUUGUCUCUGAGGAGAAUCUCGCGUGCAGCGGCUCAAGUUCGUCUCACACUUCACCACACCAGACGGCUUUCUCGGCCCUGUCGCCGCCAGACACGCCGGAUCUGCCCAAGAUCAACGAUCUGCAGUCCGUGGGGCCGCCAUUAUCUCACUUCGAGAACAUUUUCGCUGCGAUUCCACACGAGAAGCCCAUCACGCCCAGAUCUCCACUACCGCCGAGAUCUCCCACCGCCAUCAGGAACUUUCAGUCCGGCGGGAAUCUCGACGAUCUCCUCCAAGACAUUGAGGCUCUUUCGCAAGGAAUUCUGCAGAUGCAGAACAGAGAGAAUGUCAAUACGACGAGCCUGGAAUCGCCCAAGAUGAUGACCAAAUAUCGAUCGGAGGUGAAUCUGGUGCUCUCGACGAAUGACGCAGAAGCUGAGAAGGCACAGAAGCCCGAUAUAAUUCUGAUGCAGAGCGAGAUAAAGCCACCCGAACCGAUGCCUAUUCUCUCAGCACUAUAUCCUCACCAGCCCGAGCGGAAGAACAUCGUGCAGCAGCCGAAGGAUAACUUUGACGCCAUCCUAGCUCAUCUACCCAGCGUUUCCAGUCACAUUUUGACCCCCAAGAUUCUCAGCACUGACGAAACGGGCAGCCCUGCUGAGGUGAAGGAGGAUUGCAAGGAGAAAAGUCCAGAACGGGAGAAGAAUAAGACACUAAACUGCCCAUCAUCCGAAGACAGUCGCCGGAAAUCUAGGAGAGUUUCGCUCUACUUCAAUGGGAAGAAGAAUGAAGAACCUCCGGCCAAGGAGUCCUCCUCGGGCGCCACUCCAAAGAUUCCCAUUGGCUUCGAGCGCGUCAGUGGGGACUCCUCGAGUGCCACUCCGGGACCUGCGGGAGGAGCGCAGCAUCACAGGAAGAACAGCGAAGUACCGACGAAGCACAAGAAGAAGCGUUCGCAUCGCAACUCGCAUCAGCCGCCGCUGGACGAGUUGGCGUUCGAGCGCAACAGUCUGGCCAGCUCCAGGGAGUCUUCGGCCAGUGCCAGCACGCGAUCGCAGAAGUCCCGCCGCAUCUCCAUCAACUCCCACGCGGGCGGCAAGAUUCCCUGGUGCGCCUGCUGGGGAAACGGAUGCAUCUGAGCGCGAGUGUGACUGCCCAUAGAUAAGUUCUCACAUUGUAUAAGAGAGGAAAAUUGAGUCGCGGCGGAGCGAAUUAAAAUAACUUUUUCAACAGUCUCUCUUCCUGUAUCACUUCCGUGUCGAUUUGCUGGGGCUUUAAGAAGGGGAACUCAUUGAGGCGUCUUCGUGUAACGCAUAAGAUCUCUUUGUAUUUAUUUAUCUUGCCCAGAAUUGAAUUGGAAAUGGUUAAUGAUGAUUUUAUGUAUUGUAUUAAAAAAAAUUAUAACCCAGUGGUUCGAUGCAAACCGCUUGAGCUUUGGUAAGUAACUUUUCUUUUGCUUAGCCCCUCGCAAUCAGAGACACUCAAUUCAUAAUUGAGAAAUAAAAACUCGUAAACAUCCUCAAUUUUCUCAAUUUCCACCGCAGAAAAGUGGAAAUUGAUGAAGUCAUUGAACAAUAUUUACGAUUCUUUUCUUCCACGGUUUU